AUGUAUGCUAAUCGUAUUUCCUAUUGGAUCGAUGGGAAGGGUCCUUCGUACGCGCUUGAUCUUGCCUGCGCCAGCUCUGCAGCUUGCUUGGAACACGCAUACAGAAGUAUCAGCACGGGUCAAUGUGAUGCUGCUAUUGUUGGAGGUUGUAAUUUGUGCAUGCAUCCUAGUAUCUCACUGAAUUUUAGAAGAAUAUAUUCAGAGGUAUAUCAUGCUAAGGCAAAUUAUAGCUUGAAGAAUGAAGCUCAGUUCUCACCUAUCAGGCAUCCUAAAGAUAUUGAAGAUUUCCUUGAAGCUUUCUACUCCGAAAUCGAUGUAUCACCAAAAGAUGUUGAGUACAUCGAAGGGCAUGGUUCAGCCAAUGCUGAAGCAGAUGGUAAUGAAUUGCAAGCCAUUGGAAAAGUAUUUGCAAAGGAUAAUAGUAUCAAAGUGGGUAGCGUCGUAUCUAAUAUGGGUCACAGUGAGCCUGCUUCGGGCGUUUGUGCCUUGACAAAGUUAUGUCUGGCUUAUCACAAAGGCGAGCUCCCUGCUAAUCUUCACUACUCUCAACCCCAAGAGCAUAUUCCAUCUGUCAAAGAGGGUAAAAUCGAGGUACUGCAACAAAACGUCCCGUUCAAAAGAGGUUUUACAGCUUUGAAUAGUUUCUCGUAUUCCGGGGCAAAUAUACAUGUUCUACUAAAAGGACAUUAUAAAAAGAAGGAUCCUGAAAGAUACAAGACCAGCAUACCUCGUAUAGUACUAGCUUCUGGCAGACAAGAGGAAUGUGUUAUGAAAAUUUUCAAUAUCUUAAAAAAUCAAUCAGUUGAUCCCGAGCAAGUUGGGUUGCUACACAAUAUACACGAGAAAGAUAUACCUGGUCACAUGUGUCGUGGUUACGUUGUGUUAGAUACAAAUGAAAAGAAAGAGACAGUGAGUCUAUCUCAGAAUACAGGCCAUUACCCAGGUAGAGUACGCCCCAUUUGGUUUGUGUACAGUGGCAUGGGAUCACAGUGGGCUACUAUGGGGGCAGGUCUUAUGAGAAUUCCAAUAUUCGCAGCUGCAAUAGAAAAAUGCUGUCGUGUUUUGGAACCAAAAGGUAUCGAUCUAGUGAAAAUUCUAACUGAACCUGAUAAUACCAUUUACGACAACAUCUUGCACUCAUUCGUCGGUAUUGCUGCUGUUCAAAUUGGCCUCACUGAUAUCUUGAAGCAAAUGGGCAUUAUUCCUGAUAACAUUAUAGGGCAUAGUGUUGGUGAAUUGGGAUGUGCUUAUGCAGACGGCUGCUUUACUGCGGAAGAAAUGAUCUUAUCUGCUUAUAGCCGUGGCUUGGUCUCUAUUCAAACACCAUUUAUUAAAGGAUCUAUGGCAGCUGUAGGACUAGGAUAUAAGUCGGUUCUACCGAUGUGUCCACCGGAGGUGGAAGUGGCUUGUCACAAUAGUUCCGAGUCCUCUACCAUAUCGGGACCAGCUGAUAUAAUGAAAGAGUUUGUGGGGGAACUAACUAAGCAAAGAGUGUUUGCAAAGGAAGUACCGUGCCCCGCUCUUAUGAAAUAUUUAAGCAAAGUCAUAACAGAACCAAAAGAAAGAAGCCCAAAAUGGGUAUCGACGUCAGUUCCACAAAACGAAUGGGAUACACCCAAGGCAAAACUUUCUUCGGCUGAAUAUCACACGAACAAUUUACUGAAUUCGGUUCUUUUUGAGGAAACAUCUAAACUUAUCCCAGAGGACGCUAUAGUAAUAGAAAUUGCGCCCCAUGGUCUUCUUCAAGCGAUUAUGAAGAGAUCAUUAUCAGGAUGCACACAUAUACCAUUGACAAGAAAAGGUAAUCAAGAUCCAGUGAAAUACUUACUGGAAGCCAUUGGCAAAUUGUAUGUCGCCGGUGUUAACCCGAAAGUUGAUAUCUUGUACCCUAAAAUUGAAUACCCCGUUUCAACCGAAACGUCGCUGCUUUCACACUUCGUUUAUUGGGAACACAGCGAAAACUGGCCAGAAGCUCGAUUCAAUACCAAAGAAAAAGUGGUUGCAACAAGUCGCGUUUUUGUAAUGUCAAUCCAUGAUGACGACUACAAAUAUUUGCAAGGUCACAUAAGAGAUGGUGUCCACGUAUUCCCAGAAGCAGCAUUAUUAGUGUUGGUUUGGGAAACUUUAGCUAUGUAUUUGAAUGUAAACUACAGGGACCAACCAGUAUCUAUGAAAAAUAUUCAGUUCUAUAGCGAAGCAAUUAUUGAUACGGAGAAACCAUUAAGGCUACACAUUAUGAUUUAUAAGGGAAAUAAUGCAUUUGAGGUGAGUUGUGAAUCUGUUAAAAUAGCUAGUGGCACUAUUAUACCUUUGAAUAGUCAAGAGAUAAUUUUCCGCCCUCUAGAAGAGACGAAACCAACACCGACUGACAUUUCACUAACCAGAACAGAUUUUUAUAAAAUUAUGGAACUAAGAGGAUUCAGUUACAGAGACAAAUUUCAGUCCAUCCAUACAGCUGACUCAAAUCGAUUGAGGGUUAAUAUUAAGUGGACAGAUGAUUGGAUAAUAUUAUUGGACGGUCUUAUACAGUUUAAUUUAUUCCAAAAAGAUCAUGAAGGAGUCUCGAUUCCAAAAAUAAUACGUAAAUUAACGAUUGACCCUUCUAAACAUGUAAUUGACCAGACAUCGGAUGAAGCCACACAGAAAGCGGAGAUUUAUGAGUUUUAUAAUUUAACAAGAUGCGAUGGAGUAGAAAUGGAACAAAUUGAGUUUCUCAACAUGCCAGUAAAAGAAAAACAUCCAGAUGUUUUAAUGACUCAAACAUUCAUUCCGCAUUUCUUAACAGGUAUAUUAAAACUUGACGUGGCUCUUCAAAUAAAUAUGCAAAUUGUAGCUGAAAAUACGCCAACUAAUAAACUGAGUGUAUUAAACAUGCUGACAGAGCAAUCUUAUUUUGUAACCAAGGCUUUAGAUGAGGCAGCUAAAAAUAAUGUAUUAUUUGAUGUCAUAGUUGAUAAAAUCAAACCAGAAACGAUACAACUUAACACACUUUUGGCUAAAGAACAAGUACUUAAAAAUUCCAAUGUGUUCAUUGUUGACAAUUUACUUGGUGAUGAAAAGGGCCAAUGGGGAGGAUAUUAUUACUUACCAAGCGAAACAUCGUUAAAGCUUCAAAAUGCAACUCUAAAUACUGUAAUUCCUGGUAAUUUAGAUUCUUUAACCUGGGUGGAAAUGCCCCCUUCACUGCCAAGUGGUAACUUAGUUAAGGUCAAUUAUUCAGCAUUAUCUCUGAAAGAUGUCAAAAAAGCACUAGGUCAGUCUAUUGAAGACAACAGGAGUUUUGGAAUGGAUUUUAGUGGAAUCAAUAACAAGGGGGAAAGAGUAAUGGGAAUAACGCCAAAUGGAGCUAUAUCUUGUACCGUUGAAGCUGAUCCUAAUUUAACGUGGCUUGUACCUAAACAUUGGACACUUGAAGAUGCUGCUACAGUUCCAUUACCAUAUAUACACGCCUUUUACUGUCUUAUUGUCAGAAACCGUAUUCAUCCCAAUAUAAAAAAUAAAAGAAUAUUCAUUAACGGUGGAGCAGGUGCAUUAGGACAAGCAGUCAUAUCAAUAUGUCUUGCGGCAAAUUGUACAAUAUUUACUUGCGUGAGCGAUUUAAGGAAGAAAAUGUUUCUGAUGAAGUUGUUCCCUGAUUUAAAAGAUAAAAACAUCGGUUACUCUAGAGAUGGAUCGUUCCAAGAUAUGGUGCAAGUCAAUACUGAAGGAAAAGGAUGUGAUUAUGUAAUCAAUUGUGCAACUGGCGUACUGCGUCAGGCUGCAAUGAAAUGUGCUGGUAAAGAUGCCACAUUCAUUGACGUCAAUGAUUACGACUCGAAACAAAAUAGUGACUUCGGUAUGUUCUUUUUGGCCGGCGAAAAGAACUACUUGAAUUUAAGGCUAUCGGAAAUAUUCAAGCCGGAGAACAAUUUAGAAAGAGAGCUUUUGAAUGAAGCCUCAAAAUUGGGACCUAUUCAUGGAAUUUUCUUCGUUCAAAAUUUAGACGAUGCUACGGAGAAUUUUGAUCCAGUUGCUGUAUUUAAAAAGUUCACAGACACUGCAAUGGUUGUCGCUAAUUUAGACCUUAUGUCUAGAAAUAUCUGUACUGAAUUAAAAUACUUCGUAGUUCUCACUGGUUCAUCAGAGAAAGUAACUGACGAGUAUGCCGCUUCUGUAUCUGAGAAAAUCUGUCUCAUUCGAAGCGAGGUUGGGUUACCGGCCUUAGCAUUCAGAAUAGGAAAGCUUAAUGAGAUUACAGCACCACUCAGCUGUGUAGCUGAAGCGGAUUUCCAAUCGAACUCCCAGCUCCUAUCAUAUUCAGCUAUUUUCAACGCUCUGGAGACGAGCUUAAAACUUAAUUAUAAAAAUGUCCAAGCGUUCAAUCUCAAGAAGCGACCUGAUUCCGACUUCUUAGGGAAAAUAGAAAAAAUACUCGGCAUAAGCAACAUAAAUAGCAUUCCGGAGAACUUAACUUUAGAAGAUUUAAGCGCAAAUGAUUAUAAUAUAGAAGAAAUAAUUAUUGUUAUCAAAAAUGAAUUCAAGUUAAAUUAUCCCCUUGAAAAAGCGAAGAAAAUAACAAUUGGAGAGCUUUUGAAACUUAAAGAUCAUAAUAUAGAGAAGAACAAAUUCAAAAGCGGCUUGGGUGCCUUCUUUACAUUUAUAGAUAAUGAUGAAUGCUUAGCCACGGAACCUAUGAUUACGAUGCAGACCAAGGUCUUAAGCGCUGUUGAGAGAGAAGAAGAAUUCGACAAACAAGCGGAAUAUUUAAUGCUGAUACCAGGUUUUGAGGGUCAUUAUCAGAUCUUCAAAUCUGUUUGCGAAAGACUGAAGAUACAGGCUGUUGCUUUCCAGCUGGGGCCAGAUCUGGCCAAUGAUACCAUACAAGAGAUGGCUAAUAACAUAUUAAAAGUACGUAACAAAUAUUUUUUCACAUAUACAAUCAUUAUAUAUAUACAUAUAUCUCAUCAUCAUCAUCAUCAGCCCUUUUACGUCCCCACUGCAGGGGCUCAGGCCUUCCUUAUGGAUGGUUAAGGAGGAUGGGCCAUGACCCUCCACGCUGGCCCAAUGCGGAUUGGAGGGUAUUAACGACUGCAAAUGCAGCCGGGACCAACGGCUUAACGUGCCUUCCGAAGCACGGAGUAGCUCGAGAUAAUAAUUUUUUGGUCACCCAUCCGGUGACCGACCCUUGCGAAAGUUGCUUAACGACUACGAUCGCGGGCCGCCGCGCUUAUCCACUACGUUUAAAGUGAACGUCCACAUAUCAACACACGCGCACCGGCCGCACAACACGCAAUGGAUUCUAUUAAUAAUUACGUCAUCAGCAUAAUUCCGACGUAAGCAUUAAACUGAUAGUCGCACUUUUUAAGGAAGCGUCUAUGAAAAAUGAGACUUCAGUGGAUGUAUGAUAUCGACGAAUCCGUGCUAUGCCGUUGCGUGUGUUACGGCUGGUGCGUGCGUGCUGAGGCAGAGAACGAGCACCUUUACGUGCACCCGAUGUCAACCUAUAUUGUCAGUUACUAAGAAAUUAUUAAUAAAUAGGAAAAACAAAGUCUGUCUGUGCACAGAGAUCUUUUUACACAACGAAUUUACAAUAACACAGAGGUUCAAACAAAUAUAACCUACUUCAAAUGUAAUAUAGGUUUUAUUUUAUUGAAGCUCUAUGCUAUGACAGCGAAGCACACAAUGACGAGUUCGAGGCUGUUUUUUUACAUAAUUAUAUAGAUGGAUAUCAUUCUCGCCUUAAACAACUAACGAUGUAUAUUUACAUUGAUAGAUAUUAAUAAUGAUUGA